CCCAACUUCUGUGCUGCAGAAACGAGAGAGGAGGGUGCUGGCUAGGGGUGUGGGGGGCAUGCAAGCGGAGCCAACAAUGAAAAUGGAGGUGCGAGGUACAGAGCCAGGGAUGAGAUCCCACAAUGGAGAGAAAGCCCCUCAUGUCAACCAAGCUGAGAGUAUCCGAGAAUUCUUGCAAAGGAUCCCCAUAAGUGAAGUUAAGCAAGAACCAGACGAGGGUCACCUUCAGCGCUGGGAGGUCCAGUGGCAGGGAUUCCUGAAGACGGUGGAGUCCCCUCAUUCAGACUGGGAGCUUCUACAGUCACCGGACGAGUCAGUCCACUGGGAGGAUGCGAAGGGAUUUCUGGCCUCCUUUGAGCAAGUAGCCAAAGCCUGCCGGUGGCCCAGGGAAGAGUGGGCGACCCGACUCCUGCCGGCAUUGAGCGGCGAGGCCGAGUGGGCCUUCAGCAGGCUGCCAAUCCGAGACAGAGAGGAUUACAGGAAGGUGAAGGCAGCCAUCUUGAAGGGGGACACCAUUUGUCGGGAGAAGCUGCGCCAGCACUUCCGCCAUUUCUGCUACCAGGAGGUCGAGGGGCCGAGAGGGACUUACCACAGGCUUCAGGAGCUUUGCGGCCGGUGGCUGAAAGUCAAGAGACACACCAAGGAGCAGAUCCUGGAGCUGCUGAUCCUGGAGCAGUUCCUGGCUGUCCUGCCCCCAGAGGUCCAGAGCUGGGUGAAGGAGCAGGGCCCUGAGAGCUGUGCCCAAGCCGUGGCUUUGGCUGAGGAGUUCCUGCAGAUGCGGCAAGAGGCCAAGAGGCAGGAGAAACAGGUGCUGAUGCCGUUAGGGGAGGUGGCUGUGAGUUUCUCAGAAGCCGAGAAGCCUCCAUCAGGCUUUGACCCCCAACUGUGUGCUGAGGCCAAGGAGGAAGACGAUGGAGUUGCCCGCCUUCUGGGCCAGGGGUGGUUGACUGUAAAUCAGGGAGAGAAAUCAGCACCAGAAAACCCAGAGAGAGCUGGAUUAUUCGAAACAGCGAUGGAAAACACUGAAGAAGCAGGCCCCCAGUGUGGUGUUCAGGUAAAUGCCCCUGCAGAUCUGCCAAGAGUCAAGUUCCAGCAAGAAACCCACCUGGGGGAGAUCAUGGAUGGAUCUGUUCCUUAUGGAGGGGGCUACAUAGACCUGGGAGGAAUGGCAGUCCAGCAGAGGAUCCAUACCAGCAAGAGACACAAUGCCUACGGUGCUUGUCGGAAGAGCUUCGGCCACAGCGGGAGUUCCAUGAAAUACAAGAGAAUGCGGAAGAGGGGAAAGCCCCACAAGUGCUUGGUGUGCGGGAAGUGCUUUCUUUACAGCUCCGGCCUUGCCACCCAUGAGCGGAUUCACACCGGAGAGAAGCCGUAUAAAUGCUCAGAGUGCGGGAAGACCUUCAUCUGCAGCUCAGACCGCAACCGCCACCAGAGGACUCACACGGAAGAGAAACCGUACGAGUGCGCAGACUGUGGGAAAAGCUUCCGGCAGAAGUUCAGCCUCAGCAGGCAUCGCAGAGUCCAUUCCAGCGAGAACCCGUAUAGCACAGCUUCCGAACGCGGGGGAAGCUCCACCGUGAGCUGAAACAUUUUUGGAGAUU